GAAGUGCUCAGCGAGUCCCUCCCAUAGCAAAUGAACACAGACGAAUUAGACGUAGACCGGUAGCUGUAGCGCCAAGUUCUAUUCGCAUGUUUUGUUAAUGUUGUCCUUUUAUGCUUUUCAUCCGAACAGGCAAUACAAAGUAUAAGGGCAUUUUAGCUUCUAUGCCUCUGUGUUUAUUUCCCUCCUAGGACAUGCAGCCUUAAGCAACAAUACCGGUUAGUGCAUUGCCUGAGCCUGGGGAAGAUGUCAGGUUUGCGCAGCUUCGGGCUGGCUGCAGCUGUACUGGCUGCUUCUGGAGGAGUGGCGCUUGCAGCUUGGAAAUAUCUCUCUGCAAGAGAACAAAAAUUAAAUAGUAAACAAAACUCAGAUUCAAGGGAAAGUGAAGAACUUCCUGUAGAGCUGAACACAAGUGCAAACUUGACCACUGAAAGGCUGCUUAUUGAGGAGGAUAAACCUACAUCCAGCCAAAUUGUCUAUAUUGAAACAAGCAGAGAAAGUGCUGCAGAGAUGGAGGAACGUGUGGAAAAAGGGACAUUGAUUGAGGAUAAACUUACAUCCAGCCAAACUGUCUAUAGUGAAACAAGCAGGGCAAGUUCUACAGAGAGAGAAGAAUGUGUGAAAGAAAGAAUAUUGAUUGAGGAUAACAUUGCAUCCAAUCAGACUGUCUAUACUGAAAAAAGCAGGGAAAGUGCUGCAGAAAAACAGGAACGUGUGGAAGAAGGAACAGUGUCUGAUAAGCCAUUUAAACAAGUGUUGGUGUUAGGACUGGAUGGAUCUGGAAAGACAAGUGUACUUCAUUCCAUUGUGACGAACAGAGGGAAGCGCAGUACCGAACCGACUGGGGGAUUCAAUGCUAUGUCUAUCACCACGCACCACUCCAAGAUGGAAUUUCUGGAAAUUGGAGGAAGUGAGCAGCUACGUCCCUACUGGAAGAUGUACCUUCCCAAAGCUCUUGCAGUAAUAUAUGUUGUGGACUCGGCAGAUCAUAAUCGCCUUCCUCUUGCUAAAAUGCAUCUUCAUCAACUGAUUCAGCAAGACUCCAUUUUACCACUAGUAGUCCUGGCUAAUAAGCAGGUAUUAAACUGGGUGGGUGGGUGGUCAAGCUGGAAAUGUAACUAUUUUUUAUUGACAAUAGAAGUAAUUCUAUGGGUAACAUAUGUAAUACAGAACAUGGAUGACAAUAAAAAAAUGUUCUGUUUAUAAACUUUA